AUGGCAAAUGUCAAAGCCCCUGGCCUCAUGACCAGCCCACCAAACUUCAUGGACCUAUUUUGGUGCGUAAUGGAGGCCAAACCAGCCCAAGACCUUGAAGCUUUCGUAACAACGGCUUGGUUCCUUUGGAAUAAUCGAAAUGCAGUGCGACAUGGGGAAACUAGUAGAACGGCCUUGCAAAUUUUUGAGGCUUCAAGAAUCUACUUGGCGGAGUUCCAAACCCACUGUGUUUCUUCUAAUGCCCCUCAGUCCCACGUCCUUACUCUUUGGAAACCCCCUCCACCAGGUUGGUACAAGACAAAUGUUGAUGGGGCUGUUUUCAAGGAACGGAGUCAGUGUGGGAUAGGAGUGGUGGUUCGGAACGAUAAAGGCCAAAUAAUGGGAGCUCUUAGCAAAACACUCCCAUACCCGUUAGGAGCUCUAGACGUCGAAGCCAAAGCUGCUGAGAUUGGCAUAAUUUUCUCCUGGGAGUUGGGCCUUAGGGAGAUUAUUCUUGAAGGGGAUUCCCAAACUGUUAUGAAUGCCAUUGCCAGCCAUGAUCCGGGCUCUAUUCAGAUCCAGCAACUUGUUACUGGUAUAAAGUCUUGGGUGCCAAAGUUUAGAGCUUGGAAGACAUCCUUCACACGCAGAGAAGGGAACAAGGCAGCUCACCUCAUGGCUAAACAUGCCAAACUGAUUUCUGUAUGUACUAUUUGGGUGGAAGAUACUCCCCCUAUAAUUAUGUCUCAAGUCCUUAAUGAUGUAUCUGAUUUGGGUUUCAGCCCAGUUUAA